AUAUUUACCGCCAUUACCACAGUAACAUCAAUGCUGAUCUCACAUCACCAAGGUGACAAAGCAAAUUUCCUUGCCACUCAAGUAAUCAAGUUCAAGUUGUUCUCAGCGUUUUGCAGCUCGCUGUUGUGAAAAGGUGACCAAGUGUGAAAGUUAAGAAUGAAGUUUGCGAUUUUCGAUUUUGGAGACAAUACUUUUGAUAUUGGCCAAACAUCAUGGAUACAAGAUGAAAAUUCUACAACAUUUGAUAACGAAUCCUGGCUCUUUACCCACGAAAUAAUUGUCAAGUGGCCCAUAGACUUCAAUGCAGCGAAACGAAAAAUGCGAAAAAAUUGAUGUAGAUACAAUCAAAACGGAAAGCGAAAGAUAUCCAGCAAGAAUUUUAAAAUUUGGAGAUGACUUUGACUCCAUGGAUUCAUGCUUAGAGAUGUAUCUGAAAAGUGGAAAAACUUCAACUCCUAAAAGAGGAAAAGGUCAAAGAAUCUCACAAAAGAAUUAUAAAUACCAUUCCGACUCCGAUAAGGAGGAUUAUGAAGUCCAGUUUGGUUCACAUAUAAGUAAAAAACCUCCUUCAAAGAAAAGAAAAGUCCAGAAAGAUAGUUCAAAGAAAAACUCCUUAUAUUCCAUGGUUAAAGAAAAUAUAAACAAACAGAGCCAACGAUAG